AUGGGCGCAUACUACGAUGAGAUUGAAAUCGAGGAUAUGACGUGGGACGAGAGCAAGGGCGUCUUCCACUAUCCUUGUCCUUGUGGCGACCGCUUCGAGAUCACAAAGCGGCAGCUGGCUAAUUGCGAGGACAUCGCGACGUGCCCGAGCUGCUCUUUGAUCAUCCGAGUCAUAUUUGACCCUCUGGACUACGAGGAUUAUGAGUCGGAUGAUGACGAGGAUAGCGAGGGCGAAGAAGAGGAAGAGGACGAGGAGAGCGAAGAGGAGACUUUUGAGGAUGCCAUGGAGAACCUCACCAUCUCCGCGCCGGCACUGAUCUCCGCCACUGCCUAA